CUGGACGCCUGAUCGAGCCCACGCGGCCGAUCUGGCGUGCUCAGGGCUCACACACCGACAAUGACCACACUACCCAACAUGCAGCCAUCGCUGCACGCUGAUACCAUCACGUAUGCUAUAAAGUCCUAGCUUUAGUUUCAUUGCCAGCAGCAGGUCCAACCCGCUGUCGUCGAACGCGUUCCACAGCUUUCGUACAGUUUGCACGGCUAUGGCGUCCUCUGCAGCACUCACGACGACGCACCUGCCCACACUGCGGGCUCUGCUAGACGAAUGGAGCGCGAAGCAACCCCCCGCGAACCCGUUCGCGUCUCCCACGCAAGACAUGGCGAACCGACUGUCUGAUGAGAAGGCUGGCGAGCUGCAUGGCAAGGACAUCAUUGUCGCGUUCAGGACCCGUCCGCCGCUUCCCAACGAGGCAGAGGAGAAGUUCCACGCGUCCGAGAGCAAGGAGAGCGCACCAGUUGAAGGCCAAGGCACGGAGGGGGGCGAGGAGAAGGGCGAGGUCGUUGCUGAGGCAGUCACGAAGGUGGAGUUCUGCUCUGGGGUCACAGCAACCAGUGCGGAACCGGGGACUUUCGUCGCGCAUGUGCCGGGAUUCAAGUGGUCCGGACCUACGCUUACGCACAAAUCGUACGAGGCAGACCUCGCCUUUGGAUCCACUACGGAUAAUGACGAGGUUUAUCAGCGCACGGUCAUCGCGAAUGAUAUGGUUCCGCUCGCCUUGUCCUCAGGUAUCGCUUGCAUCCUCGCUUAUGGCCAGACCGGCUCGGGCAAGACUUACACCAUGGAAGCCCUCGAACACUGCAUCGCGCGAGACAUCUUCGUAGCUGCGAGGCACGUCGGCGCGCGUCUUCUGCACACCGAGGAGCAGGCCAAGGCGGCGUCCGAGCAUGCCGACCCGUCCGAAGAGCUCAAGCCCGAGGGCGUCUUCGAGUUCAGCGUCACCUUCCUCGAGCUCCUUGGCAAGCGCGCGGUGGACCUGCUCGAGCCUGCCGAGGGCCUUCCGGUGGAUGCGCAGGGGAAUGCGACGCGCAAGGAGGUGCCGAUCCACGAGGACAAGAACGGGGACGUGCGGCCGCGCUUGAUCUCGCGUGUGGUUGACUCUGCGGAGCAGCUGGACGAGCUCAUUACGACUGCUUUGGCACACAGGCGUACAUCCGUCACACUUCGCAAUGCAACGUCGAGUCGCAGCCAUGCCGUGCUCACCAUUAGGGUGGUCAAUAAGCUCAUGCCGUUUGCUGAGCCUGGACAGCUUUUGCUAGUCGAUCUUGCCGGAAGCGAGAGGUAUGAAGAUUCCAAGGCUCAUGACAAGCAACGCAUGCUUGAGUCCAGGGAGAAUAACAACAGUUUGAUGAGCCUGAAGGAGUGUGUCCGAGCCAAGGCGAAAAUGGCUACUGAGGAAGGCUUUGUGCACAUCCCCUGGCGCAGCAACAAACUCACUAUGCUCCUGAAGCCUAUCUUCGACAUCGAGUCCCGCCAACCCUCAAAGACGCUGAUCAUCGCCCACGUCUCGCCGCACAUCCAAGACACGGUCCACAGCGUGAACACGCUCUCGUACGCCGCGCCCUUCAAGACCUCCCCGCCCAGGCCCCGCGGCCCCGCACCGUACGACGCCGCCGACCCGCGGACGUGGGACCACGCGCAGACCGCCGCCUGGCUCACGCAGGCGUUCACGAAGCGCCAACGCGCGCGCGUCGCGAACGCGCACAAGUUGCGCGCGGAGCGGGCCGCGAAGGACGGCACGAAGGUCGCGCCACCGCCCGACACCGGCGCGCCGCUCGCGCUCGUCGUCGACGUCGGCCGACUGUGCCCCCCGGGUAUGACCGCACGGCACUUUGGCCAGCUGUACACGACCGAGUUCGUGCAGCGCACGCUCGCGUGUGCGCACCUUAGUGGCAGCGGCAGUAACCGCGAGUUCACCCCGAGCGUCGUGAAGAACAUGGCCGCCGAGGUCGGCGGGGCGCUCACCUACCUGAUCCUGACCGCCAAGACACGCAAGCGCCGGGCGAUCAUGCAGAGCCGGAAGGUGAUGGACCUCGACGCAUACGGGACCACACCGUACACAACGGUCCCGGGCACGAGCGUGCGCAUGCCCGAGGCGGGCUCGCCGGAACACAGCCUCUUCUCGCGCUGGACGAACGAGCAGUUCCUCGCGGCCGCGCAGCGCCGCGGGCCGCACUGGUUCGAGGAGCUCAACGCCGCGGUCAUCAAGGCCCGCGAAGAGAAGAGGAGCACGGACAGGGCAGAGCUCGACACGCUCUUCCGGAUGAUGGAGGAGGAGUACCCGGCGAGCGGUGACGCUCCGGCCGCUUGAGCUUGACUGCUGGGCCCGGAAGUUGGGAGGGGCCCCGUCUGAUCGAUCUGUGUUUGUUGGGCGCAUGUGUUGGAUGUAGUAAGCAGACGGCUGUAAGAGUAGAAGAGAUUGGCUGGUUUGGAGAUGCAACUUGGUUAUAAACGUGU